AUGAAGUCAAUGAGAUCAACAAGAAGUUGGAGAAGCUACUCUCUUCUCAAGGUACACAAAACUCUAAAACCCCAACUUUGAAAAAUUCAGUUUGUUCUAUUUGUACUAGCAUUGGUCAUGAUGAGAAUCUUGUCCUACAUUUCUAUAAUCUAUGAAUCUUGAUCAUGAGCAUGUCAAUGUAUUUUUGAAACCUGAUUUUAAUUCUUAUCCUCAUCAAAAUUCUACUUGGAAUUCAAGUCCUCAAGGCAUGCAAUUUUCAAAACCUCCAUCUCAUAGUUUUCAAAAUACAAAUCCUUCAUCACAAAAUCCUUUAUAUCCUCAAAAUUUCCAAAAUUUUCAAAACCCGUCUAUUUUUAACUCUAAUUUUCAAAAUCAGAUGUCUCCUUUUCAAAAUCAAAUACCUUCUCAAAUUGCCCCAUAUCCUCAAAACCGUUUUCCACAUCCUAUGCAUAAUAGAGUGCCCUUAGGAGCUCCAUCUCAUGUUCCUAAUGCUCAUUUAGAAGAGACUGUUAAUUCCUUGAAGGAUCAAUUGCAACAACAACAGAAAGCUAUGACAUAAUUAAUGGCCCAAAAUCAACAAACAUUGCAAAUGUUUUAGAGGUCAAACAAUCAAGAGAGUCAACCAAAUGAGGUAAACCCUAGAGGGCAACUCCCUAUUUAAGCCAUAGCUAAUCCUAAGAAUUAUUCUCCUGGUUUUACACCUUCUAUCCCUACCACCUCCAUGAUUAGUUGUCAAGGCUCUUGUAGUAGCCAAGGAUCUCAAAUAGAAGAGAUUAAGGAGGUGACAAGAUUUAGGAAUGGUAAGUUGAUACACAAAGCCACUAGGAUGCCUUUGAGUGAUCCAAGCUUACCUAAAUUAGGGGAUGAUGUACAGGAGAAAGAAAAUAUUAUUUCUGAUCAAGAAAAUGAAAAUAGAGAUAGAGAUAAUGAGGAAGAAAAGAAGGAAAAUCCAUCUUAAAAGAGCUUGGUGAGAGUGGAGAAAAAGAUAAUCAAAAAGAGAUAGAGCUAUCUAAAGAGACCCAAGCUAAUAGUCCACCUACUCCUUUUCCUUCAGCUCUUUUUCCUCACUUAAAAGAUAAAAAGAAGCAUAUUGAUGAGCAUGAAUUACAAGAAUUAUUUUCCAAAGUUCAAAUUAAAAUCCCUUUGGUUGAUGCUAUUUGACAUGUUCCAUCUUAUGCUAAAUUUUUGAAAUAUCUUUGUACUCCAAAGAGAGAAAGCAAGAAAAUUAACCUUUCAGCUGACAUUAGUGCUAUCAUUUUAAAUGAAAUUCUCAAGAAAAGAAAAGAUCCAAGGGGCCCACUUGUCUCUUGCUGCAUAAAAGGUAUGACUUUCAACAAGGCUUUAAUAGAUUUGGGUGUGAGUGUGAAUGUGAAUCUCCUUCCAACUUACCUUUUUGAAAAUUUUGAUUUAGGAGAAUUAAAACCCAUUGGUAUUAUUCUCUCUUUAGGGGACAGAUCUAUUAGAUAUCCUAAAGGGUUAAUUGAGGAUGUUACAAUCAAUAUUGAAGGAUGCUAUUUUCUAGUUGAUUUUUCAGUUCUAGAGAUGACAUCACCUAAAAAUCUUAAAGAAUCAGCUAUUAUUUUAGGACGUCCAUUUUUAGCUACAGCUAGUGCUAAUAUAAAUUUUGCCACUGGAAUAUUACAUAUGUCUUGUGGUGGUCAUCAUAUUUCAUCAAAUGUAUUUAAGGCAGCUAAGUUUGCUAAGGAAGAAGAUGAAGGAGAAGAGUACAAUGUAGUUGAUUCAAUCAUUGAGAAGGUAUGUAUGUUUGAUACUUCUUUUGAAAAUUUAUCUUCUGGUUUGCAAGAAAUAUUUGAAAAUCCUUCACAUGAACCAAUUGUUUUACCUUUGAAUGCUCACAAUAACUUAGACCGUAAACCUCUUUCGGAUAACUUGAAAUUUACAUUUUUAGGACCUAAUGAUACUAUGCCUACCAUUAUUGCAUCUCAUUUAACUUCUAAUGAAGAAUCCAAAUUACUUUCUUUUUUAAAAGAAUAUAAAGGUACGUUAGGAUGGCAUAUGAGUAAUUUAAAAGGUAUUAGUCUUGAUAUAUGCAUGCAUAAAAAAAAUUGA